AUGUGUAGUAUUCUCAAUAAUGCUGAUGGAAAUCUCGAUAAGGGGUUCGCAUCAAAUACUAUUAUCACAUCGAAGUAUACUUGGUGGAACUUUUUGAUUCUUUUUCUUUACGAAAACUUAAAUCCAUUCAAUAAAUUUGCAAACUUUUAUUUUGUCUGUGUUGCAGUACUUGAGUGUAUUCCUCUAAUUUCGCUCACGCAGGGGCGCCCACAGUCUUUAGUUGCUCUAUCUUUUGUAUUAAUACUGGAGGCAUUCACUUCGAUCCGUGAUGAUAUUAAACGCCACCACGCAGAUGAUGAAGUCAACAGCAGACCCAUCGAGGUUCUAAACAAAGAAACCCAGCAGUUCGAGAGCAUUCCUCAAUGCCAAGUGCGUGUGGGAGACAUCGUGAAAGUCUAUGAAGGAGACAUCUUCCCCGCGGAUAUGCUCUUUCUCCGCUCAGGAGAUCCCAAAGCCUACAAGUCGUGCUGGGUCAACACAAAAAGUUUGGACGGCGAAACGGACAACAAAUACCGCCAAGCCAUGAAAACGACUAGUGAACACAACGGCCAGCCAAUCAACGAGACGGCCAAAGAGCUGUGCGGAUUGCACGCGGUUCUGAACUGCGAGCUUCCGAACAAUAUGACGAACGACUUCAAUGGCUCGGUAUGGACGAGACAGUCCGAAGAGAAGGAGUCUGUGUCGAUCAAGAACGUUCUGCUGCGCGGAUGCAUUCUGAAGAACACCAAAUUCGUGUACGGCGCUGUGAUUUCGACGGGAACCGACACGAAAGUGGAGUUCAAACUCAACCCUCUGAAAUGGUAUCAGUUCAGCACCGUUCUGACGCAGCGGCUGAACCAAUCGAUCUUUCUGAUGGUGAUCGUCCUGGUGAUUCUCUGCAUGGUGGGAGCGUUGAGCGAGAACUUGGUCUCGAUGGUGAUCGUGCAGAAAUCCUGGUACAUCCGACUGCACAGAACCUUCUUUAUCAAUAUCUGGCUGUCCUUCUUCCGCUAUUUUCUGCUCUGCUAUCAGUUCGUGCCCGUGUCGCUCUACGUGACCAUGACGUUGGUCUACGCCAUGCAGAGUUUUUUCAUGCAGAACGAUCUCCAAAUGUAUGACGAAGAGAAGGACGAGCCGAUGCGUGUGCGAUCGUCGACGCUCAACGACGAUUUGGGCCAAGUCGGAUAUAUUUUCAGCGACAAAACCGGAACGCUGACGGCGAAUUUAAUGCAGUUCCGAAAGUGUUUAGUCGAUGGCGUGUCGUACGGAGUGGGCGACAGCGCGAUCGGCCGCUCUGUGAAGAACAAACAACAAAGCAAAGGCGUGGAGGUAGUGGUGGAGAAGCCACCGCUUCGCAAGGGAAUCUUCCGAUACAGCAAUUUCCAGGACGGAAGUGAGAGCCAUCCGGGCCAUCGACUGCAAGACGAUCUCCGAAAGAACGACGACCACGCAAGCAAACUGAUGAACUUCUUGAUUCACAUGGCGAUCAAUCACACGGUGAUCGUCGAGACAAAAGAAGACGGAACCAUCGAACUCAACGCCUCGUCUCCCGAUGAGCAGGCCUUCGUCGCUGGCUCCUACUGCCUCGGCGUGCAGUUCCUCGGCAUGGACUACGAGACCAACAUCAUCAAGCUCAGCGUCCUCGGAGAAAUCGUGGAACUCCGCGUUCUGCACGUGAUUCCCUACGAAUCCUCGCGGAAACGCAUGUCGAUGGUGGUGCAGAUGCCGGACGGCUCGAUCGUUCUGUACUGCAAAGGCGCCGACAGCGUUCUCUUCGAUCUGCAGGACCCUGCGAUCAACAGCUCGCGCUUUAUCGAGAAUCUCGCCUGUCAAGUCAGCGACUGGGCGGAAGAAGCGUUCCGCACCAUGGUGUUCGGGUACAAACCGCUCACGCAGGAGGCGUACAUCGCGUGGAUCGAAGCGUACGAGCAGGUCUGCGAGGAUCCCACGCAGAAAGAGCUCCGCCGGAACAAUAAACGGAACAAAAUCGAUCGGAUGGAGGAGGAGCUGGAGACGGGGCUGAUUCUGCAGGGCGCCACGGCGAUCGAGGACAGUCUGCAGGACGGCGUGCCGGAGGCGUUGGAGGAACUGUCGAACGCGGGGAUCCACAUCUGGAUGAUCACGGGAGACAAGGUAGGGACCGCAAAGAACAUCGCCGUCGCGUGCAAUCUGCUGAAGCUCCCGGACAUGAAGCUGAUCGAGAUCACGAAGGAGGCGGUGGAUAGCAACUUGCAGGCCAAAGGCGCGAGGGCGGACGAGAUGACGGAGAAGAUCUCUCCCUCGUCGAUUCAGGAAGUGGAGUGGAAAAUGCUGGAGGCGGAGAAGGAGGGCAGCGUGGAGAAGGCCAAUCGAAUCUUAGGCGAGUUCGAAGCGAAGCAUCCCGGAUUGCUGGCCGCUCGAAUGUACUGCGAGGCGCUCGCUUCCAAACUGUACAAUUCCGAUUCGGACGUUUCAUCCCAGCCGAUGGCUCUCGUGAUCGAUGAGCUCUUCAUCGACUUCCUCGCUCUCUCCUGUCGUCAAGCCUUCCUCGUGGUGGCGCAAUCCUGCAAGACCGUCAUCGCGUGUCGCGCUCGCAAGGACCAGAAAGCGAAGCUGACGCGUCUGGUUCGCAAAGGAAACAACGAAGUCGUGACUCUCGCAAUCGGCGAUGGAGCCAACGACGUCGAAAUGCUGCGUGCUGCGCAUGUGGGGGUCGGCGUGAUCGGGAAGGAAGGAACGCAGGCGGUGAACAAUUCCGACUACGCGAUUGGGCAAUUCCGAUUUUUGUCACGAUUGAUUUUGGUGUAUGGACAUCGGAAUUACCGCGGAAUCACGUUCGCCUCGCUCCUCAUCUUCUACAAAAACAUCCUCUUCACGUUCAUUCAGUACCUCUACACCUUCCUCUGCGGCCUCUCCGGCACGCGAAACCAGUCCUUCCUGGCGAUUAUGUUCUACAACACAAUCUUCACGGCCUUCGGUCCCUUCUAUUUCGCCGUUUUCGACAAGGACAUCAGCGACUCCAACUGCAUCCGCUUCCCUCAAAUCCACCGCGACGGCAUUCACCACAACCACUUCAACCAGAAGCUCUUCCUCCUAAUCAGCUUGAAAGCUUUGUAUGAGUCCGGCGUGGUCACUCUGUUCUCUACAUUCGCGACGUAUCUCUGCGAUUUCGGCGUUUCUAUGGUCGAAGUGUAUUUAUUCGGAAUGCUCACGAUCACUUCCGGAAUCCUCAUCGCGAAUACCACCUGUGCGCUCUUGCAGUGCACCUCCACGAUGAUCAGCAUCCUCGGAUACUGGAUCGUGUUUUUGAUUUGGGUGUUGGGAGUUUUGCUCGCCUCCUCGUUCCCCGCGUUCUUCCCAUUCUAUUACGGCGAUUUUUUCUUGCUCGUCUCCACGCCUUCCACCUAUCUAAUCGUUCUCCUCGUCACCAUUCUCGCCUGUCUCCCCACCUUCCUCUACGUCGCCGUGCGGAACGAAUUCUGCCCCACGCUCUCCAAUCUGAUUCAAGACGUGCAGAUCCGCAAAGCCGAUCCCGACGUUUUGAAAUCCGCUUUAGAAGACUUGGAGCGCUCCAAAUCCCCGCAGGUCGAGCUCAAAACGCUGAAGACGCUUCCGGAAGACCCACAGAUGCCGCCGUUGAUGCAGGUCGAUGAGGAUGGGAUCCGCGACAUGGAGAAAUGGCUGAGUCGCUCGGACGAAGAAGUCGAUUCGGUCGAAGAUCUCGCCGAGCUGCCGCUGCGAGACUCGCUGGAGAACAUCGGGAAUGCGCAGAGGUCGAUUCGGUCGAUUGCGGGGCUGCGUGCACUUACGAUUUGCGAGAAGCUGCAUGGGCCGUCGUAUGAUCCGCAGUCCAUUAACAGUGAAUCGCAAGUCUCUCUGAUUCAGAGCAUUAACUCGCAUCAUUGGAGGUUUGGCAAGGAGGUGGGACUGAUGGGCGUGCUGAAAACGACGAUCAAGGAGGGAGUCAUGACGAUUAAUAGCUUGGUGCCUGCGUUGUAUGAAGGAAGGAAGUCUCAGGGGACAGAGGUGUCGCAAAAGAAGGAUGGAGAAUAA